CGCUCCUUGCCGGCGCCUGCCUGUGUCUGCGGCUGUCAUGGCGGCCUGAGGCGCGGAGGAGGGAGCGCGGCCCGGCGACGGCCAGGUUAACGAAUCUAGAAUGGCCGGGGAACAGAAACCGUCCUGUAAUCUCCUUGAGCAGUUUAUUUUAUUAGCUAAAGGCACCACUGGGUCAGCCCUGACUGCUCUGAUCAGCCAAGUGCUGGAGGCUCCUGGGGUUUAUGUCUUUGGAGAGCUGCUAGAAUUAACAAAUGUACAAGAGCUUGCUGACGGGCCUAAUGCUGCAUAUUUUCAGCUGCUGAAUCUUUUUGCCUAUGGAACCUACCCAGAUUAUUUAGCUAACAAGAAUAACCUGCCAGAGUUAACGGGUGCUCAAAAGAACAAGCUGAAGCACUUAACUAUUGUCAGCUUAGCUUCCAGAAUGAAGUGCAUUCCUUACUCAGUGUUAUUAAAAGACCUGGAGAUGCGUAACCUGCGGGAAUUGGAGGAUCUGAUCAUUGAAGCUGUUUACACCGACAUCAUCCAAGGGAAGCUGGAUCAGCGGAACCAGAUGUUAGAAGUGGACUUCUGCAUUGGCCGGGACAUCCAGAGGAAGGACAUCAGCAACAUUGUGAAAACAUUGCAUGAAUGGUGUGAUGGGUGUGAAACGGUUCUGUUAGGAAUUGAGCAGCAGGUGCUUAGAGCCAACCAAUACAAAGAGAACCACAACCGGACACAACAGCAGGUAGAAACAGAGGUGACCAACAUAAAGAAGACGCUCAAGGCCACGGCCUCGUCCUCAGCUCAGGAGAUGGAGCAGCAGCUGGCCGAGCGGGAGUGCCCUCCGCACGCGGAGCAGAGGCAGCCCAGCAAGAAGAUGUCCAAGGUGAAAGGGCUGGUCUCCAGUCGCCACUAGCUGGUCGCCCGGGGCAGCAGGAGGAUGUGACACGGGGGCCCCCGCCCGAGGGACUCUGGAAGGAGCCAUCACGCUGCCCCCUCUCCAUCCUGGUGCCUCCUUUCAACAGCUUCUGGGCCCGCUUGGGGAGGGGGUGGGGCCUUCAGGCCGGAAGCCCCCGAGCCCCGUUGGGCCUCAGCUUCAACCAGCAAGGGACACUGCCAACUUCCUUGACACACGGGGCGGUCCUUGAGCUUUCCAUGAGGAACUUGAGGGUAGAAUUGAUUCCUGUUUCGGCAGGGGAGAGGACUGAAAUAAGGCACAAUUCACGUGGUAGGCCGUGGCCGUCUUUGCAAGCCGUUGGCCACGCUCACCUUCGACCGUUUGCCUUGGCAGCGAAGAGAGAGCGGGAGGGAGGCGGGAGGGCUCCCCUUGGCCCCCGAACCCAGCCACGUACCAAAGGGAACACAGUGCUCCUGGCCCAGGCAUUGCCUUUUGUUGCGGCCUUCUUCUUCUUCCAUUCCCUGGUCCAUCCACGUUUCCCUAAGGCUGCAACUGUCUACCUCACGCUGGGAGGGCCGCAGCUGGGCCAUGUUUACUUGCCACCUCCUUUGCUGCCCUUCCUAAGUCCAGUUUGCCCAGUGCUGCUUGUGUCUUUACAGCUACGAAGCGGAGGAGGUGAGUGGAGGGGCUUUGUGGUGGCGGCAAAGGGGCAGAGCUGGGCGGUUGGGGGGCAGAGCUGCCACCCCAGUCUCCUCCUGCUUCAUUCCUCCCCUCCCCAGCCGUUACGAGAAGGGGACAGGGCCGCUGAUGUUGUACGUUCUCCGCGUGUUUCGAGGUCAUAGUUUCUUCCCCUCCUGCAUCCGUUGAAGUGUCGCACGUUGAAAUCUCCCUGGGUGACUGAGCUCGACGGAAGGGGUUCUUUCCUUUGGCCCUCUUGAACGAGCCAAGGAAGCAUCCCGCCGGGACUUUGGUCGCCAGGCUUUCAAAACUUGAACACCUUUUUUUUGUUUGUAUUUGACCCAACCCUUUGCUUUUGUACACUUGUUGUUGAGAGGUUUGAGUAUCUCAGCCUUUCUUUCGGGUUUUUUUUUUUUUUGUUAUUUGUUACAGACUAAUUGAAGGUGCAUUGGUCAGGAAGAUUGUUUUCUUUUCUAUUAAAAAAUAAAUUCACA